AUGGCUGCCCAUCUCUGCUUGAAAACAUCACCACGAAACAUUGCAGCUCUUCGGACGCCGCUUGCCACCCUCACAACUCGUGGAAGCUACGCUCAGACACCAAGACUCCAGGGGCAUACGAAUUUCACGCUCAACACCGGUGCAAAGAUUCCAGCUGUCGGUUUCGGGACCUUUCAAGAUGCCAACGCUCAGGAAGAUACCGUAAGCCUAGCGCUGCAACGGGGAAUGCGACUGAUCGAUACUGCGCGUGUUUACGACGUCGAGCAGCAAGUUGGGAAAGGCAUCAAGAAAAGCGGGAUUCCAAGAGACCAAAUCUUCUUAGGCACCAAGCUGUGGUGCAAUGACUAUCAUCCGGAUGAUGUCCAGAGAGCCGUCGACGAUUCCUUGCGAGAUCUGGAUACUCCCUACGUUGACCUUCUAUUAAUGCAUUACCCAGUCACGUUCAAACGCGGCCCAGAACGCUUUCCCCGUGAUAACGAUGGGCGCAUGAUCCACGGUGACACGACAUACGUUGAUACAUGGAAGGCGAUGGAGAAGCUCAGCGCGACUGGCAAGGUCAAGGCCAUAGGGGUGUCCAACUUUAGCAAGGGCGAGAUCGAGACGUUGAUUAAAGAGUGCUCAACAGUACCCGCUGUCCACCAAAUGGAAGUCCAUCCCUACCUCCAGCAAAAGGACUUCAAUGUCUGGCUAAAAAGCAAAGGCAUUCACGUUGUUCAGUUCAGUCCCCUAGGGAACAUGAAUGACUUUUAUCGUCAAACGGGCUGGAGUAAAGAGAUUGCGCAUAUGAAACGCCUUAUAGACCAGCCGCUCCUGCAAGAGAUCGGCAACAAGUACGAAAAGACGGCAGUCCAGGUUGUGCUCGCUUGGGGUAUCAAAAGCGGAAGAUCUGUCAUCCCUAAGAGCGUAGUAGACUGGCAGAUCGAGCAGAACAUUGGUGCGGAUUUCGAAUUGAGUCAAGAAGAUCUUGAGCGAAUUGGAACACUCGAUGCGAAGGCAAGGUUCAACGAUCCUAGUCUUGACUACGAGUGGAGAUUGUAUAGUGAUCUGGAAGGGACUGAGGGCACAGUGAGAGGAAAGACACAUUAG